AGCCGGGUCCAAACACAGUAAACAUGUCUCGGUUUGAAGCAGAAAAUGAGGUUAAAAGCAUCAUUUCUGAGAUACUGGAGGAGUGUUUGAAAAGAGGACAUUCGUUCAGUGAAACUCUGGUGGCUUUCAUGGUGAAAUCUGUGGUGUUGAAUCCGACAAACUGUUUCAAUGUGGACAGGAGGCUGACCCAACAUGACAUCCAGAGACUCAAACAGCUCGGCCUGGAUAAGCUUACAGAGGACUGCAGCCCAAGUCUGGAUACAAUCAAAAUGCAACUUUAUUUUGACAUGAACUACACCUCUAGAUGUGAAUUUCUGGCUGAGAUCCAUCGGCUGCUGGACUCCAAGCUAAGUGGAUUGAGUAGAGGAAUUACAGACAUCAGAGCAAAAUCCAGGGAAGAUUUCCACGCUUUGUAUCAUCAAAUCAUCACAUACAUCCUGCUGCGAUCUGGAACAGGCUCGCCCACAGAUUUAGGCAGUGUUCUGGAAACAAACGCUGCCCUGGAGAGUGUCUUACCCCUGGCUGAGCUGGGAGCUUUCCUGGUGCUGGUGAAGAAAGACAAGGAGCAGGAAUUGAGAGAACUCACUAUGAUUGUAACGGGAAUCCGACUCUUCAUUGAAGCCAGCAAGCAAGACGAGGAGGUUUUAGGCAUCCAGACAUUAAUGCCAGCAGUUCUUAAAGAAGGACUUCAAAUCCGUGAUGAAAGCAUCAGAAAUGAACUGAGCACCACACAGAGUUUGGUAUGGAGGUACACAGCUCUGCUGGAGAAGUUAACAAAUCCUGACACCCACCCGGGGGUGCUUGAUGUCACCCAACUCAAACAGGCUCUCUACAAUGUCAGGCAGCAUGAAGUUUUCCUCAAGAUCUUACUGGCUGAUGCGGCCAUAUGUGUCAGUAAUAUGGAGAGUCAUCAGGCAAAGCUUUCUUCUUUGUUAAAGCAGCUGAAAGAACUUGUGCAGGACAAUGAGCCGCUGCCAUGUUCAACUGUUUUUCCUUUGUUCAAAUCUGUAUCAAAACUGUGGUUGGAGCUUCAGGAUGAGGCCCAACUGCUGAACAAUCUGAAUAAGAUCGCAGUCAGUCUGAAGCCCUUCCUGGUCUCUCAGGCUAAGAUGUUUUCAGAAGCAUGUCUGGAGAGCCUGCUGGAAGCAGCAGAAGUGAAGACAGAUAACCAGAGGAUAGCAGCAUCCUCGGAUGAACAGAUUGAUCCGGACCUACUGAAGUCACAGGAAUGGCUCCUCCCUCACACAGCUGACAGCUUCACUGGGCUGCCGCUCCAGUAUAAUGGAUUCUGUGCUUACAUGCUUGUGAAGAGAGAUGGUCUCCUACUCCCAGGUAACCCAUGUAUUGGAAUUCUAAAGCACAAAGAGAGGUUCUACGCGUUUAGCUCUAAAGAGGCGGCUUUGAUGUUCGCCUCGUCUCCUGAGGCCUUCAUUUCAGAGGUGGUAGAAAAAUCCAAAAGUUUCCCAGAACUCUUCCAGCUUCUCAGACUCCAUCAGCAGCCUCUCUGCACACAUCCACAGCCUGAGACAGACCCAGAGGAGGUUUUAUCCACCAUUCCCAUCACCAAGCAGGACGCCGGCAUUCAAACUGACACCCACCCAGUGGAUUCCUACAUUGACAAGUCAUAUGAGUGGAAUGAGUGGGAGCUGAGACGAAAAGCCAUUAAACUGGCUAAUCUUCGGAGGACAGCAACUCACUCAGUGCAGACGGAUAUGAGCCACAUGAGACGGGACAAUGCUAGUCAGACCUGGCUGCCCAAGGACGCAGCCUGCCAAAGCAAGAGGGACAGUGGGAGCAGCGUCCCCAAACCUCAGAUGUUCCUGACAGGCCUGAGGGGACAAAGAAUCACCCAGCAGAUCAACACAAUCCUCACAAGACCUGUUGAUGAAUAAAGAAAACUUCUGAUUAAAAAAAGCUGCUGGUGUUAAAAGAUUCCUUUCACAUCUUGUUCUGGUGCAGGUGUUAUUAGAUAUAAAUAUAUUAAAUAACUAGAACUGUAAGUUGUAGUUAAUUAAUAGGUCAUUAUUAUGUGUGUCGGGCACAUUAAUUAUUUAUUUAUUUUUCCUUCUAGUGUUGCAUAGACCUUAGUUGAAUCACUUUUUUUUAAGGGUCUUGAUAAUUCUUUUUUCUUUUGUAAAUCGAUUACGUUAAUUUAUGGGAUAUUGGUCCAGCUAUAAGUAGGCUGGGUUUCCACCUGUUAGUCUCUCUCUCUCUGGAUUGGCUCACCAGGUCCAACUUUCUGUUCAUACUUUUUUACUUUUUUCUUUCUU